UACGUUCGCUAAUAAUAGGGUUGUUUACAGCAUGUUGAUACGUCGGUCGGUGCUAGAAGGACGGUAGAAAAUAUCUGCACAGUGGUCGAUGUGAGCAAACCCGAGAGGUUUAUAUUUACAGCGCUUUGCACGAAUCCAGAACUCUAUUUCAGCAGAAAUGUCCGGGAAGAAAUCCUUUUCCAGUCAGCCAGGAGCACAGAGGAAAUGUGAACAUCGUAGUCAUUCCCCGAAGGCAGUGUUGCCUACAUCUGCUUCUGGGUGGAGCAGAGAUCCAACUGAAGAUCAGCAGCGAUAUUACGAACUGUUGGGGGAUGUCUAUGUGUACGAACCAAACAGCAGCAGAGAACUGUUGAUACUGCGCAGAAAAGUGGGUUACGCCAUAUAUGGCAUACCAGACGAAGAACCAAAGUGUGAUAACGCCCACACGGGUUAUAGUGAGAGCAAGUACAAAACCGUGAAAGCUGUCGUCGAAUUCAUCAGAUAUGUAAACAAGAAGACGAAAGAGAAAGAUGAGCUUCAUAUGGCCAUUAUAUUUGUCUUCGUGGAACACCAGAAGCAGGUGCUGCAGUUCCCUGUAUUUAGAAUACUACUCACAGAAACCACGUGGAAAUUCGUGGAUAUGAAUUGCCGCGUUUAUUCAUCGUGGCAGGAUUACUUGACACAUAAUGAACUGCCAGAAGGAAAAUUUUGCUGGCCUCUCAAAGGAAUAUACAGUGCUGACUCCAACGACAAAGUGCAGCUUGGAUGGGGCAGUACACCUGCAGCACAACCUGGCAGGAAGGUGGUUAAAGUAGCAGAUACAGUCAGCACUGUGGCUGCGCUAGGGGCGACUGGCAUGUGUGUCGUCGGUGUGUUCACCCCGUUAGGACCACUAAUGGCGGCAGCUGGUGUUUGUAGCGCUGUUAGCAGCAUCUACAGCGCGAUACGCAGUGCUACGUCACUGGCCGACCGUGGUAUUCAUGGCCAAACUGUCAACCCCUUCACCGACGGUCAGGCAUUAACGUCGUGGUUUUCAAUGGCGGGCAACGUGUUCGGUGCGGCAGCUGGGGCGGCAGCUAGUCGAGCAGCAACUCUGGCGAUGAAUGGCAGGGUGAUGAGCAAGACAGGAGAAAUAGUGCGCAAAACUCUCGAAGUCACCUCAGCGCUUGUCAGCGUCACUGGUGUUGGUAUCGGGGCCAUGAGCAGCGGUGAACGUGUAAAGAAGGGGAAGGCAACACCUCUAGAAGUGUUCCAGUUCAGUGCCUCACUGCUGUUUUUAGCUCACGCCACUGUCAGUUUCCAGACAGCUUCAAAAAUAAUCGAGGACAUACAGAAAGGAGUAAUCGACAAUUUUGAGAGGAAUCUGAGAAGCAAUAGGCACAGGAAACAGUUGAAGUUGGGAAAGAACAUCGCAGGUACUGGUGAGGACCUGGUGGACGGUAAUGAAAGAGUUAUUAGGGGCAUCCGCAGCAUUGGUAGUAAGGAUGAUUUCUUAGCUGGAAUGGUCAGAACAAGGGAAGACUGUGACGGCCACAAACCCGUUUUUUCUGAAAAUGUAAACAAUGUCGAGAAUGGUGGUGCAGAGAUAAAUCAAAAGAAACUAUGUGACCUGGGCAAACAGCAAAGGGGAGAAAUCCUGUCAUUGGCCAAGCAGGCAUCACAGGGCAAAAUAUCUGAUGCCAUUUUAAAAGCCUGUUUUGACUCUGUACUCAGUAUUAACACUACAGGUACCUCUGGAAGAAACUUCUCUGAGGAUACUGGUGUAGCGGAGCCAGUAAGUAAACUGACUUCACAGCUGCAGCAGGGUAUACAAGGGAUAACGAUAGGCAGAAACGAGAUAAUUCUUACUCUCGCAGUUGUGGAGGAGCUCACAGUUCAAGUGUGCUCGAAGACAGACAAUAAAUACACGAAAUGGUGGCACCUAAUCUGGCACCAUGUGAGUAAGCUAGUUAGGGAAUUGUGCAAUGCAUAUGAUGCUGUAACUCUUGAAAAACAGAUACCUAAUUUUACAGAAAAGCGCCAGUUCGAUCUGGUAAAUGGCAUACAAAUGGCCAAUGUCUUCAUGCAUUUUGUUUUUAUGGUUUACAAUCAAUACAAAGAUCAUGUUGAGCAGCUGAUAAAUGAUAUAAAGAAAUCGAAGGCAAAUGAGAUCUGCGAAAAAUGUAAUCAGGCUAUGUGAUAAGAAGCUGUGUUUACUGGGUUUGUGAGCUCCGCUAAUACCUAAAAUCAGCAGUUACAUGAAGGUUACUGCGAUUGGAGAACACACUGUACGUGUUGUCUCGUUAUAUCAACGUAAAAGCUAACUGUUUUAAAAGAAAUUACAACCUUUGCAGUAAUUACAAAGGAUUGCUAUAAUUUUUAUCUUGUGAUACAUCGUAUGUUGUUUAGUUAUGUCUUUACCUACGUAAAAUAUAAUGUUCAGUUAUGUGCUGCAGUUUGUGUUUUGUGAAGGGUUCAGACUGACUUUUUGUAUUUUAAGAUCUGUGCCGCUUUUGAAACGCGAGUUUGUCAUGGAAGCACAGUAACAGUACUACAAUGUGAUUAAAAUUUGUUUGUCAUAAAGUUGAAACACAAUAUGAUGGGAUAUCCCACAUUUUACUCAAUCUUUUCAUUUUUGUUAGAGUAUUAUUAUUUAUUAUUGUUACUAUUAUUAUUAUUAUUAUUAUUAUUAUUAUAAAGCUCUUUGUACUGACCGUUUUUCGUUACUUAAUAAUUUCGUGUAAAACAUAUAAUUUAGAAUUUACAGUAAUGUCACUGAUUUGUUACUGUCCUUGUAUUGAUAAAGAAUUAAAUAAGUAGCCAUUGUAUCUGACAAAGAGAGACUGCCUGGAUGGUACGCUUCUAACAAAGAACAUACUGGGUCACAUCCAAGGAGGUAAUAACAGGAGAUCAGCAGAAAAUGAUGGGUGGAAGACAUGACACAUUACGUAGGACCUAGUGGAAGCAAAUGUGCAGAGGUCACAACUGUACAGUUCAGAAAGAAAUGAGUUACCUUACUCCACUCAGAAAGGAAUAAAAUUUAUAAGAAAGCACUCGUAAGACUGAUUGAAUAAUUAGUUCCAUUGAAAAAUUUGAUUUCCGUGCAGAAUGUAUCGUUUAUA